CCAGCUGACUCCCGGAUUGCCUCGUUCCAACACUAGGAAGUGGUCUCUAUGAGGGGAGAUUGUCACACAGGAGACGCCAUUGCUUCUGGCGGCCGGAUUACACAGUAGUGAAGAAGACAUCCGGUGAGUGUGAGACACCCAGCAGCCGCCCCCGUGUGUCAGGAGGACUAAGCAGGACCCAGAGCCUCGUCACGGUGCCUCCACCUCACUCACUGAUACAUGAGAGACACAAUGACCAGAAGAUCCUGGAACUCACCAACAAGAUCAUUCAGCUGCUGACUGGAGAGGAAGGGGAGUAUAUAGAAGAACACAGGGGUCUGCACAAGGACGUGAUGAUGGAGAAUCACCGGCCCCUUACAUCACUGGAUGGACCCAGUAACAGAGAUACCCCAGAGAGAUGUCCCCGUCCUCUGUAUUCCCAAGACUGUACAGAGGAGAAUCACAGGAUCCCACAGGAGGAUCAGCGUGAAGUCCUGACUGGUAUUAAGGUAGAUGAUACAGAGGAAGAAGAAGAGACGUAUGUGACUGAUAUGAAGGCAGAAGAUAUAGAGGGAGAAGAAGAGACGUAUAUGACUGGUAUAAAGGCAGAAGAUAUAGAGGGAGAAGAAGAGACGUAUAUGACUGGUAUAAAGGCAGAAGAAAUAGAGGGAGAAGAAGAGACAUAUGUGACUGAUAUGAAGGCAGAAGUUAUAGAGGGAGAUGAAGAGACAUAUGUGACUGAUAUGAAGGCAGAAGUUAUAGAGGGAGAAGAAGAGACGUAUGUGACUGGUAUAAAGGCAGAAGAUAUAGAGGGAGAAGAAGAGACGAAUGUGACUGAUAUGAAGGCAGAAGAUACAGAGGGAGAAGAAGAGACGUAUGUGACUGAUAUGAAGGCAGAAGAUAUAGAGGGAGAAGAAGAGACGAAUGUGACUGAAAUGAAGGCAGAAGAUAUAGAGGGAGAAGAAGAGACGUAUGUGACUGAUAUGAAGGCAGAAGAUACAGAGGGAGAAGAAGAGACGUAUGUGACUGAUAUGAAGGCAGAAGAUAUAGAGGGAGAAGAAGAGACGAAUGUGACUGAAAUGAAGGCAGAAGAUAUAGAGGGAGAAGAAGAGACGUAUGUGACUGAUAUGAAGGCAGAAGAUACAGAGGGAGAAGAAGAGACGUAUGUGACUGAUAUGAAGGCAGAAGAUAUAGAGGGAGAAGAAGAGACGAAUGUGACUGAAAUGAAGGCAGAAGAUAUAGAGGGAGAAGAAGAGACGUAUGUGACUGAUAUGAAGGCAGAAGAUAUAGCGGAAGAAGAAGAGACGUAUGUGACUAAUUUGAAGUCAGAAGAUAUAGAGGGAGAAGAAGAGACGUAUGUGACUGGUAUGAAGGCAGAAGAUAUAGAGGGAGAAGAAGAGACUUAUGUGACUGGUAUAAAGGCAGAAGAUAUAGAGGGAAAAGAAGAGAUGUAUGUGAGGGGUGAUCAGCGGUGUAAGGAGGAGGAAAUUCCUACAGAUAUCAGCACAGCAGAUGGAAACCACCACUGGUAUAGAUCAGAGGAACAUCUCCAUUUAUCUCCAGAUGGUAAAAUAGAAGAUAACAUCACGCAAGAUUCUCCGGGAGAAAACCCUCUUAACUCAAUUAUACAUUCAGUCUCUCAUAGUGCAGAUAUAUCAUCAGCUACUUCUAAACAUGAGGAGUGUUCUCCUGAUAACACAGACAGUGGUCCAUCUAUCACCGCUCUUAGAGUAGACAAGGUGUUUCCCAGUUCUGUAGAUAGCAGAUGUUUUACACAGAGCACAAAGCUUAUUACCCAUCAGUCAGCUAAGACAGGCAAGAGCUCAUUUCCGUGUUCCGAGUGUGAGAAAUGUUUUACACACAAAUCAAAACUAGUUAUACAUCAGAGAAGUCACACAGGUGAGAAACCAUUUCCAUGUAUUGAGUGUGGGAAAUGUUUUAUACGGAAAUCACAUCUUGUUACACAUCAGAGAAGUCACACGGGUGAGAGGCCAUUUUCAUGUUCUGAGUGUGAGAAAUGUUUUACACAGAAAUCAUGUCUUGUUACACAUGAGAGAAGUCACACAGGUGAGAAACCAUUUCCAUGUAUUGAGUGUGGGAAAUGUUUUACACGGAAAUCACAUCUUCUUACACAUCAGAGAAGUCACACAGGUAAGAAAGCAUUUCCAUGCUCUGAGUGUGGGAGAUGUUUUACUGAGAAAUUAUGUCUUGUUAAGCAUCAGAGAAGUCACACAGGUGCAAAACCAUAUCCAUGCUCUGAGUGUGGGAAAUGUUUUAGAUGCAAAUCAGAACUUGUUACACAUCAGAGAAGUCACACAGAUGAGAGGCCAUUUCCAUGUGCUGAGUGUGGGAAACGUUUUGCAAGCAAAACUAUUCUUGUUACACAUCAGAGAAUUCACACAGGUGAGAAGCCAUUUUCAUGCUCUGAAUGUGGGAAAUGUUUCACGGAGAAAUCAAAUCUUGUUGCACAUAAGAGAAGUCACACAAAUGAGAGGCCAUAUCCAUGUUCUGAUUGUGGGAAAUGUUUUACACAGAAAUCAGUUCUUGAUAAACAUCAGAGAAGUCACAAUCCUGAGAAGCCAUUUUCAUGCUCGGAGUGUGGGAAAUGUUUUACACGGUUAUCAUUUCUUGUUAAACAUUGGAAAUGUCACACAGGUGAGAAGACAUAUCCAUGCUCUGAGUGUGGGAAAUGUUUUACACAGAAAUCAAAUCUUGUUACACAUGAGAGAAGUCACACAGGUGAGAGGCCAUUUCCAUGUUCUGAGUGUGGGAAAUGUUUUGUUACCAAAUCUGUUCUUGUUACACAUCAGAGACGUCACACAGUUGAGAAGCCAUUUGGUUACAUAGUAGUGAGGAAGACAACCGGUGAGUGUGAGACACCCAGCAGCCGUCCCCAUGGGUCAGGAGGACUGAGCUGGAUCCAGAGCUCCAUCACGGUGCCUCCACCUCAUUCACUGAUGCAUGAGCGACACAAUGACCAGAAGAUCCUGGAACUCACCAACAAGAUCAUUCAGCUGCUGACUGGAGAGUGUAAAGCUCUGACUGGUAUUAAGAUAGAAGAUAUAGAGGGAGAAGAAGAGACGUAUGUGACUGAUAUGAAGAUGAACUGUGGCCUCUGCCGCUCCGGACAGACCUUCUACGACAGGGUCCAUUCUUCACCCCAACUUAACGUAGCUGCGGUUGAUGGGGUGGCUGUUGAAACCGCUAUCCUGAGAUCAGAUGGAAACCACCACUGGAAUACAUCAGAGGAACAUCUCCAUAUAUCUCCAGAUGGAAUAAUAGAAGAUAACAUCACACAAGAUUCUCCAGGAGAAAACCCUCUUACCUCAAUUAUACAUUCAGUCUCUCAUAGUGCAGAUAUAUCAUCAGCUACUUCUAAACAUGGGGAAUGUUCUCCUGAUAACACAGAUCUUGUUCCAUCUAUCACAGCUCUCCGAGUAGAUAAGGUGUUUCCCAGUUCUAUAGAUGGCAGAUGUUUUACACAGAGCACAAAGCUUAUUACCCAUCUGCCAGCUAAGAUGGGUGAGAGCCCAUUUCCGUGUUCUGAGUGUGGGAAAUGUUUUACACAGCACAUAGCUUUUGUUACACAUAAGAAAACACACACACGUGAAAGCCCAUUUAUAUGCUCUGAGUGUGGAAAAUGUUUUGCACACAAAUCAGUUCUUGCUAUACAUCAGAGAAGUCACACAGGUGAGAGGCCAUUUCAAUGUUCUGAGUGUGGAAAAUGUUUUGCAUACAAAUCAGUUCUUGUUGUACAUCAGAGACAUCACACAGGUGAGAAACCAUUUUUAUGUAUUGAGUGUGGGAAAUGUUUUAUAUUGAAAUCAUAUCUUGAUACACAUCAGAAUAGUCACACAGGUGAGAAACCAUUUUCAUGUAUUGAGUGUGGGAAAUGUUUUACACAGAAAUCACAUCUUGUUAGACAUCAGAGAAGUCACACAGAUGAGAGGCCAUUUCCAUGUUCUGAGUGUGGGAAAUGUUUUGCACGCAAAUCUGUUCUUGUUACACAUCAGAGACUUCACACAGGUGAGAAGCCAUUUCCAUGCUCUGAAUGUGGGAAAUGUUUCACGGACAAAUCAAAGCUUGUUGCACAUGCGAUGAGUCACACAAAUGAGAGGCCAUAUCCAUGUUUUGAUUGUGGGAAAUGUUUUAAACAGAAAUCAGUUCUUGAUAAACAUCAGAGAAGUCACACAGGUGAGAAGCCAUUUCCAUGCUCUGAGUGUGAGAAAUGUUUUACACGGAAAUCAAAUCUUGUUACCCAUCAGAGAAGUCACACAGGUGAGAAGCCAUUUUCAUGUUCUGAGUGUGGGAAAUGUUUUGUAUGCAAAUCUGUUCUUGUUACACAUCAGAGACUUCACCCAGGGGAGAAGCCAUUUGAAUUUUUUGAGUGUGGGAAAUGUUUUACACAGAAAUCACAUCCUGUUAUACAUAUGAAAAUGCUCAGAAGAGGAAAACAACUAUAA